AACAUAAUUUAGAACCUCUGGGCUCCUCCGUAUAUUUCGCUCUUUCAUUUAAUCAAACGUAUGAAGAAGGUGGUCGCGAUUUUUUAUGAAUGAAUUCGCGACUUCUCAUGAAUGAAUGAGCUGUAAUCGGAAUCUGGGCAAGCGGAUUUCCUCGAUUCUUCGGCGUUUUGAUGAUGAAUCUCCAUGUUCAUUGAAUUUGGUUCAUAUCGGGGCGAAAAAUAUCAGAUCUUUCUGUAAUUCCCAGAUGCUUUGAAUAAAAAGAUUGCUCUUUUCUGUAUUUUUCUCGCUGUAUAGGUCGAUUAAUGGUGGCUUUGAUACUGAACAUGGAGCCUGUUCAUGGAGGAUUGAUCAGAGAUUGUGAAGAAGAUGAGGUGGAAAGAAUCCCUCUAUCCCAUGGCAGGCAAAAUCAAAAUUCCAGGUAGAGGAAUUCUGGAGAUGUGAGGCUGAAAUCGUACAUUUUCGAUGGAGAAGGGAACUAUCAUGAUAAAGAUUGGGAUAUCUCAGCAGAGGGUAACAAUGGAAGAGAGUUCUGUUGGUAUCAUGUGGAGCUUCCCAAGUUCAACCAGAAACUCUCACAAUCUGCACAGUGUCUCAUUGAUGUUCUUUGCCCUCCUCUGAGACUCCAAGACAUUCUAUCACUUGUCAGCAAUGGUCCUUUCUGUGGGAGUGUUGAUGGUGCUCUUGUCUUCCGGGUGAAUUCCCCGGGACCUGCGUCGAGUAAAUUCACCUUCAGGAUUGCAGCGCGAGUCACCGAGCAUUCGGUAAUUACUGUCUCUUUGGGACGUGUCCCUAGACUGGGAUUCUCUCUCACAAACGAAUCGCUCCUCUCGGAGGUUCCAGUCGUGGAAAGUUCGAGUUUUAGUAACUCGGAUCAGAAGGAGAGGGGUGGGAUUGUGAUUAGGGAACAUGUUCUUGAUUUUCUGUUGACUAUGAAUCACUCCGAGGAAGCUGACAAUCCGGUCCCUAAAUCCGUGUCCAACCUUGUUGUUCAUGUCAUUGACACCCACGUCGACCAGCUUCAAGAUGUUGUCACAAACCUUGAGAUUGAGUUGGAUUCGGUCGAAUUGGAAUUGGAUAGAGGUUUGGUUGUAUAUACUAUGUGACCGUUUGGCAACAACUUCAGCGUUUUCAAAGUUAAUCUGCACUAUUGAAAAAAUUUUAUCUGAAAUGAUAACUCAGAAUGCUAUUUCCACACUAGGCAUAUAUCUAUAAGUUUGGGUUCUGCAUUUGAAUUAUGUUGCCUGAGAUCUUCAUUGAUUGCUAGGUGGAUUUGCUCUAAAGAAACUAAUGUUAGAUGAUAGAAGAUUUCCAAAGAUGCAUCUUGACUUGCAACGCCUUCUAUUGGUGAUAUCAUACGGAGAGCAAGUGUACCCGCGGGUCAAGGAGAAGUGUUCUUCAAAAGAAUGGUUCUCCGGCGAAGACAUUGUCUCCCUUGAAGAGCUAAUAGGUCGGCUAAGGAGAUUGAAGGAAAAUGUCGGGUUUAUAGCCAACCGCGUCACAGCAGUUCAGGCUGGUCUGGACAGCUGGCAAUCAGAACAAAUAAACCGCAAACUUUACUACCUUUCCUUCUUAUCCAUCGUAUUCCUUCCUCUGUCUGUAAUCACCGGAGUGUUUGGGAUGAAUGUGGGAGGAGUUCCAUGGACAAACCAAAGAGAGGAAGAGUUGAAGGACGGGUUUCGGAACGUGAUGCUUCUGUGUGUAGCCAUGUUGGUGUUUGUUCUUCUUUGCUUCCUUUUCCCAACUCUUUAUAGUCAAUUGAUGGCUUGGAGGAGAAGGCGGGCGAUGCGGAGAAGUUGGUCCAUCAACUGUAGGUCUUUCGUCAAAAGAGGUACCGGCGGCGUCGAUAGAAAUGGAAGAGGAGGAGCAGGCUACCUUCGUCUUUACUGAUAAAUUUGUUCCCCAUCUCCUCUCUAUAAUUUGUGUUCUCUAGUUUUUGUUUGUCUUAGCAGGUUGUAAAGAUUUUUUGCUAUUUUGUACUGUAUCAUAUGAGUACUAUAAUAUGAAUAUGUUUUGCGAAUUUUAGGAUUUGAGUUACCCAUUUU